AAGAGAAGCUUCAGGAGGAUUCCAGAAGGAAAUUGCUUCAGCUACAAGAAAUGGGGAACAGAGAAAACCUCAUUAGAGUCAAUUUGGAAAGGGCAGUAGGUCAGCUGGAGCACUUUAGGAGCCAGGUCAUCAAGGCCACCUAUGGACGCGUGAAGCCGUCCCAGGACAAGCCCAUCACCGAUCAGCAGUUAAUCGAGAAGAUCACCCAGGUCACGGAGGACAACAUCAGCCUGCAGCAGAGGAAGUGGAGCCUGCAGAAGGAGACCCAGCUCAGCAGCUCCAAGCAGGAGGAGCUCACCGAGAACGUGGAGAGGCUGAAGUCGUCCUUAGACAGCUGCCAGGUCUGCAUGAGGAUGUCUGGCUGCAGCAGGGACCUGAAGAAGGAGGUGGACGGUCUCCAGUUCCUGCAGACCAGCCCACCGGUGUCGGGGCUCCAGAAGGUGGCGCUGGACAUCGUGCGUGGGGCACUGUCCUGGCUGGAGGACAUCGAGAGGCUCCUCCAGGACGUGGGGAUCCAGUUAUCCAGCUCGGACAAAGGAUUCUCCUCGUAUCUGAAAUAUCUUCUGGAACACUAUAAGAAAAUUACGAGCCACACCCAGGAACUUCAGAUCAAGAUCAGCAGUUCUCAGGAGACUCAGAAGAUCUUGCUGCAAGAAAAGCUACAGGAGCAUCUGGCUGAGAAGGAGAAGCUGAACCAGGAAAGGCUGCAGCAAGAGGAGAAGCUAAAAGCCAGAAUCAAGCUGCUGAUAGAAGAAAAGGUGGCUUUGGAGGAAAGCAUUACUCAAGAGAGAAACAAAGUGCAAGAAGCACUAGAGGAAGAACGGAAGAGAGUCCAGGAGCUGCAGAAUUGCUUCGCCCGCCAGAAGAAGGCUUUGGAGGAGAGCAUUACUCAAGAGAAAAGCAGAGCAAAAGAAGCAUUAGCGGAAGAACAGACCAGAGUCCAAGAGCUGGAGAACCUUUUAACCCAGCAGAAGGAGGUUUUGGAGAACAAUCUGGCCCAGGAGAAAAGAAAAGCGAAGGAAGCCUUAGAGAUGGAGAAACGGAAAGUUCAAGAUCUGGAGAACCACUUAACCCAGCAUAAGGAGAUUUCCGAGAGCAGCAUUGCCUACGAGAAACACAAAGCGAAGGAGGCCAUCGAGAAGGAAAGGAAGCGGGUGCAGGAUCUGGAGAACCACUUAACCAAGCAGAAAGAGGUACAGGCCUCAGCGAGGAACACGCGGAGGAGCCCACAGGGCCACCAGCAGGGACCCCAGGCCUGCCUUCCUCACAUGGCUGCAGACUUCCAUUAAACACUUCCAUUAAGAGUAGGGAGAAAGGAGGGGGUUAAAAAUUUCAAGUAGAUUAGUUGAGUCAUCAGGGAGAUCAGGAAUGAGUAAUGCAAAAAAUAA